AUGAAACAAAAUAUUUUUGGAAAUUAUCUAUCUAUUAUAAAUCAUCUAUCAGAAAUUUAUCUAUUAUCUAUCUCAGUCUUUCAUUAUUAUCUAUCACAUGUCUAUCUAUUCUCUUCAAAUCUCAUCUAUCAUAAAUGGAUAAUUAUCUAUCUAUCUAUCUAUCUAUCUAUGAGGAGGCUUGUUAAUUUCUGUCUAUCGCUCUUCUCUGCACCAUUUCUUUUUUUUUCCCUCUCUCUCUCUUCCUAUCUCUCUAAAAUCUCUAUCUCAAACUAUUCAGGUUUUUUGUUUUUCUUUCUUUCAAAUUUUCUUCCUUCUUUUCUUCCUUCCUUCUUUUUCCUUCCUUCCUUCUUUCUUUUCUUUCCUUCUUUCUUUUUUUUUAUCACUGAAACGUUCUUUUUCUUUCUUUCUUUCUUUCUUUCUUUCUUUCCUUCCUUCUUUCUUUCUUUCUUUCUUUCUUUUCUUCCUUCUUUUCUUCCUUCCUUCUCUCCUUCCUUCCUUUUUUUUUCCUCCCUUCUUUCUUUCUUUUUAUCACUUCCAUUAUUCAUGAGAUACUUUUUUUUAAAACGUUCUUUCUUUCUUUCUUUCUUUCUUUCUUUCCUUCUUUCUUCUUUCUUUCUUUUCUUCCUUCUUUUCUUCCUUCCUUCUCUCCUUCCUUCCUUCUUUUUUCCUCCCUUCUUUCUUUCUUUUUAUCACUAUACUGCGAGGAAACGUUCUUUCUUUCUUUCUUUCUUUCUUUCUUUCUUUCCUUUCUACCUUCUCUAUUUUCUUCUUUCCUUCCUUCCUCCCUUCUUUCCUUCCUUCGUUCCUUCUUUCUUUCUUUCAAACCUAUUUAUCUAUCCCACUGUUCAUAUCUAUCUAUCUAUCUAUCUAUCUAUCUAUCUAUCUAUCUAUCUUAUUAUCUAUCUAUUUAUCUAUCUAUCUAUCACAGUCUAUUCAUAUCUAUCUAUCUAUCUAUCUAUCUAUCUAUCUAUCUAUCUAUGUAUCACAGUUUGUCCAUAUCUCUCUAUCUAUCUGUCUGAGGGAAAGGGGCUAUAUGACAUCUAUCUAUCUAUCUAUCUAUCUAUCUAUCUAUCUAUCUAUCUAUCUAUCUUAACCUGUUCACAUCUAUCUAUCUUAAUCUGUUCACAUCUAUCUAUCUAUAUAACUACACGGGCGAGCAAAAUUUUUGGUCACCUUGGCAAAUUAAAUAUUGCGUGA